UGGCCUUUGAGAUGGGCUUCACUCGUUAGCCUUGAUUUUUUAUUUUUUUUUUUCUUCUUCCAAUCAUUCCCCCCUCGCAUAUCCACUUUUAUUUUUAUUACAAAGAAACGCCCGUCCGCGAUGACAUUAGAAGGUGAACUGGCAGACAGGGUCAGCCAGGUGAUUUCAGAACUGGUUGCGGUGCGGGCUGGCUGGCUUGCAGGUUUCAGUUCCUGUGCUGUGCAGUAAAGCAACUUGGUUGGUCAAAGGAUUGCAAUGAAGCCAGCUCAGGAGCGCAACCAGGAGAGCCUGCCUCCUAAGAAGAGGGACCUCCCUCUCAGCAACAGCGGUGGCGGCGUCGGUGUCGGAGGGGCGGGUGGGGUCGGAGCUACGGGAGGCGCCGGCAGUGCUGCUGGAGGAGGUAACGGAGAAGCUGAAGUUGUUUCCAUCCACAACUGUGCAGCCGGCAGUGAGACUCAGGGAGGGAACCCAUCAGGAGAGUGGCCACGAAUUCAUCCAGAGCAUCACUAUGGGGUGGACAAUUCAGAGAGCAUCUCAGCAGGACCUGUUGAUCAGUACAGUAUGAUUUACAAAGUGGCUGUUCCUUCUGUUACCUACUCGCCCACUAGCCUGCACCCAGUGCUAAGCCACAUCUCGCCCACAUACACCGUACACUCUCCUCUCCUGCAGCAUCCAGGCCUUCCCUAUCCUCCCCUGGGUUACGCUCACAUCCCUCAUCCGUCUCUCCAGUUUGUUAGUUCCCCGUACGCUGCGGUUCCUUAUGCCGUCCCGUCCGGCUUCGUCCCUGGAUCGCUGAUUUCUCCGUCAGGCGCCAUCUCUCAGCCUCAUGCCAUGUCCCACCUGGUUCCCUAUCCAUCCGUCAUACAGGACGGAGUUGUUUCCCCGCCUCCCCAGGCCCAGGCUCAUACAUUUACCAAAGUUGCAGCGCCAGGUGGCGUCCCGCUGAUGAUUCCUUCAGAGCAAGCUGCCCAGCAGCACAUCGGUACUAUCGGAGUCAUACCUGCCCCAGAGAUCAGCUCCAGGGGGAUGCCAGUCUUCUACCACCCCCAGAGCAGCCGGGGGUCGUCCGCCCCUGGCGACCUACACAACGAAGCAGAGCUUAAUGGCGGCGAUAAAGAGCAAGGAGUCAGGGAGGUCCUGCACGAGUCUGCCUACACUUCCAGAAAUGCACAUCUGCAGCAGGUAGUGUCCAUCUCCGCGGCGCAAGAGCACAGCCAAGAAAGGGCCCUGCAGAACCGACGCCUGGAAGGCCGGAGCUCUCCUGGUCAGCGCAGCACUCCGGACAGCGAUCUGGAGGUGCAGCAGGUCGUUGGCCGCCUGGCUACCUCGAGUCAAGGUGUUGGCGGGGUGCGGAAGGAGGUCUCGUUUGCCCCCUUGAAUCUCUCUCAGGGGGUCCAAAGAACCAGAGACGUCCACGGGGAGAGCCCGGCUGUUACCAGCAGGGCUGUGCAUUCGGCGCAACCGCUGAGUUACGUUGAACACAAAGUCGGCGGUCUCCAGCAACAGCCGGGUCACGCCGUCAUGCUGACCAACGGGCAGCCGGUGCUCGUUCCUCUCGACUAUCACUUGCAGCAUCAGUCCCAGCCGCAGCAACACUACCCAGGACAGGCGAGCGACGCCGCAAAGGCCUCCCUUAACCCAAGCUUUAAAACCUCUGAGUCUCCAGGCAGAGCCGGCCUCCCUGAGAAGGUGGAGCCAACCACAGCUAAGCAGCAGCAGCAGCAUCAUCAUCAUCAGCAGCUGCCUUCUCUACAGCCAUCAGUCCACUCUGCAGCAGAACUAACUCAGGCCUCAGGCGUCCCGGCGGCGGCGGCGCCUGGCAGUAACCCGUCACAUUUCAUGAAGGGGGCGAUUAUCCAGCUGGCCACCGGGGAGCUGAAGCGUGUGGAGGAUCUGCAAACUCAGGAUUUUGUGCGAAGCGCAGAGGUCAGCGGAGGGCUCAAGAUCGACUCCAGCAUGGUGAUGGACAUCCGGUCCAGCCAGCAGAGACCGGGUCUGGUGUCUCUGCAUUUCACGGUGGGGGAGCAGCAGAGCAAGGUGACCAUCGACGUCCCGCCAGAGCACCCGUUCUUCGUGUUCGGCCAGGGUUGGUCGUCGUGCAGCCCCGAGCGCACGGCCCAGCUGUACGGCCUGGCCUGCCACCUCCUGCAAGUGGGGGACAUGUGCGUGUCCAUCACGCUGCAGCAGCAGCAGCUUCAGCCGCAGCUGCAGAAGCAGCCGCAGCAUCACAACUCGCAGCAGAACGUGUCAAGAACUUUAGGCAAAAGCAACGCGGCAUCGGGACCCGGUCACCAGCUCAUGGGGCCUCCCGCGCCCCAACAGCUGCGGCCGCAGGCUCAUUUCAGGAUGGAUCGCGUCCACAGAGAACGGCAGCGGGACGGCGAGGGCGGCGUGCUGGAAAAGGACGAAGCACAUUUAGCGGUUGUUGGACACACUGAAUCCCCCGUCCGGCGAGGUCGGACCUCCACGGAGCAUCCCAGGAGUCAGAGCAGCUACCACUUGCACACAGAGGGCUCUGCUUUCGCCGGGACCGGCAUGCCCACCAUGCAGGCCGCGCUCAGCGCUUCUCAGAGGCGCUGGUCGUCGCCCGGCCUCCAAAGAUACAGCAUGAAGGGAGACGAAGGGCCACGCCCUCAGAUAAUCGCCUCUGGCCACACGAGGCCUUCUUUCAUCCCGCAGGAGGUGAAACUGUCCAUCGAGGGGCGCUCUAACGCAGGGAAGUAGCAUCACAUUUGGUAGCAACCGUAGGAGAGACUGCCAGGAGCGAGAACGAGUCUGACAAGGAGAGAAAGAGGAAAAAAACAGUGUGAAUGUAGCCUCAGAAUGUUUGAGAUUUUGCACACCUAAAAGUAUACAAAGACACAUGAUUUUGUUGAUCUUCUUGAGAAGGUUUGCUUCAAUGUUACUCAGCCACGAAAAACAGAAACCUUUGGUUUCCCAGCCUGCUGAGGUCUGACAGGAAAAUGAAAAGCUAAGUAGAACGUAUGUAGCUUAUAAACGCCUGCCAUAGUCCUUACACACUGCUUUUCUCUUCCUCGCUCCCUCCUUCGUCUCCACCUCCUUGUACCCACACCUGGACAUUUUCCCAAAAAACACUUUGGCUUUACCUUCUGACUAAAACUCUCUCGAUGGGGAAACGCAACAAUGUGUGCAGCCUCAAAGCACAGCUACUAACUCUGAUGUUAAAAAUCACAGCCAGCGAUCUUUAGAUGUCAACACUCCUACAUUUUUUUAUUUCUUUAUAUGUAUAUUUAUAAAGCAUUUACCCCCCAAAAAAGUGGAGCUACUGACAUCAGCAGGGCCUGUGAUGUCGUCAGUUAAAACCUCUGCUGUCAGCAGGAAAUCUCUCUCUCUCUCUCUCUCUCUUUCUCUCUCUCCAAGUCAUUCAUUUUCAGUAAGUCAGUCUCCAAAGAUAGAUGCAAGAUUCUGUUUCAGGCCAAAAAUUGGUGCCUGUCGCAUGUCUUACAAUCGAGUAGUUCACCAAUCAAUUUCCUGUUCCUUCAUUUAGCGCCACAAUGCCACUGCGGCAGGAACUGAAAUGAUGCCUUUUUCUCUCUGAAACGACAAAGUUUUGCAUUCCAGUGUGAUUGUGUCAUUUAGAGUACAUUUCUUUUUCCACAUAGGGAGUAAUUGCUGCUCCUCUCUGAACCUCUCGGCUUUCUCGACCAGGUUGGUGAACUUCGGUGCAUUUUAAUGUAAUUUACUGCAGGAGGCGCUGGCUGCUUCUCACCAAAGCCGUCUGGGGGAAUGUUUGAGAGAAACAUCCAUCUGUUGCAAUCUUGCAAUUUGCCCUGAAAGGAGAAUAUGUGAGUGUGAGUGAGGCAGUGUUGAAGCUCCAGUGUGUCUUUCCUCAGUUCCUUUAAAGAAAGCAAUAGUUUUUUUUUUGUGUGUUUUUUUUUUUUUUAAGCCUUUGGCUGUCCCGGGAAUUUCAUUUUCUGGUCCGCUUCAAGAAGCGAUGCAUUAAUUUAGUCUUCAUUUUCAGCACAUUCUUCUAUUAAUUCAGACAACAUUUAGCCUAAAUUAUUGACUCAUUAAUUUUCCAAAAUGCAACUUCAGGAGGCUCUAGAUUAACAGAUUGCUUGUGUAUUAAUUUAAAGUAUUCAGUCAUUUUCUAAUGUCUUCUGUCGCCCAUUGUGUUCAUUCAGUCCAUCCUAAGUUGGGAUCUCAGCGUAACCGUGCUUUCUUCAUGUUUUUAUCUCGUUGAUUGAAGGGAAUUUGUUUGAAGUGUUGUUGGAGUUUUGUGGCAAGCGGAAAAAAAACAACAACCAACUGACUUGUAUUUUUCUUUUUUUUUUUUAAAACUGUUUACAAAUUAGCCGAGAUGAAUGCUGCAGCUUCUUCCUUCUGACGUAUUUCUAUCUUGAAGAAUUGAAAGUGCAAUUAGAUCAUCCAUAAAUCACCCAGAGGUUUCUAAUCAGACGACAUUCCUCAUGCAGACAUUCCCAUCAGAAAAGCGACACAUUAAUAGUUUCUGGUCCUUUUUAUGAAACUUGAAUAUAAUGCGAUUAUUCACUUUAAAGCAUUUUCAUCUUUGCCCGAAAGCUUUAGGUAAUUUUCUCUUGCACACACAAAGCUACUGCUUUUACUGGUCCAUAUUGGCUGUAUGGCUUUUCCUUCUUGACCUUCAAACAAUUUAAAGAAGUAGUUGCAGUAAAGCAUAAACAUAGUAUGAGGUUCAAGAAUGGACAAUUCGAACCUUUUUGGUAUUAAAACAAAUCAAUUUUUUUUGGAUGAUACUGAAGUGUAUCAUCCAAAUUUCUGAGUGAAUUUUUAUGCGGAAGGCAUUUCUGUACUGCCAUGAUGGACGAGGGCAAAGAGGGUUUAGCUUUUCCUACCAUCCAGCAUGGUGUUCGUCAAAACACGUGUUCGUCAAAACGUAAGCAAUACUCAUUCAUCAUGAGUCGAUAACUUUAUGUGGUCUUGGUGUUUUCUAUGCAGUAAUCUCAGUACAACGUCCAGGAUUGUCUUCAGUGUAGUUGUCUGCAGCAGCAGCUGAUUGUUGGAUGCAGUCUUUGAAACGUUUCUUUCGCUGAUGUCUGGGUUUGGUAUUUUUGACUGACCUACUUUAUAGGAAUUAAAAGCAGUGUUUUUGGUUUACCUCUGUUGUUCUUAUUUUAAAUUUUGUUUGUAUCCAGCAGUUGUCAGCUUUCUGAAUGCCGAGUGAAACCGCUUUCAUCUUCCUUCUUUGAUGCCGCGCAUUUUAAAGCCACAUCACUCGAGACGCGCCACUUGGACCGUUUGUCCAAUGUUGUUUUGGGCGAGGUCACAGUUUAGUGGGGUUUGUUGUCUGGUGUAAGCUGUGCCAGUUAUGGUUUAAACCCCCAAGCAAGGCCAUCCUGUGCCGAUGCUUUCCUCUUUGUUUUCAUCCUUCGCUUUGAGUGGCAUGUGCUGUUUUUAAAAAUUAAUCCUCCACCACGUUGUUGUAUAAAAUUGCACUAAAUGUCGUCCUUCAGUGUUCUCAAAUGAAAUCUGUUGGUAAACUGAAGACUUUCCAAUUGUAAAGCACACAAAAUCAUGGAGAAAUCGCAGGUUUUGUGUUUCUGUAGAUAGGUGUAUUUUUUUUCCCCCUGUGUAGAUAGCUUUGAUCGAAGAUGAUGGCGAUGAUGAUGAUGCUUGUUUAUAAUGCCUUAAAUUCAGCUUUGUACAAUGUGUCCAAGCGAACAACGGACUCUGUGUUCUCCGUUCAGGUUGUACGAGAGCAUAU